AUGGCAGAAUCUCUCACCACUUUCUCUGAUCCGAGGACAGAAAUGAGCAUCCUGGAAACCAACCAGUACUUGCGCUCCCAGCUGGCAAAAACCAAACAGAGCUUCCGAGACCUCACAGAGAAAUUCCUCACAUCCAAGGCUACUGCUUACUCCCUGGCCAAUCAGCUGCAGAAAUACAAGAGUGAAGAGCACAAAGCCCUCAUUGAAUCUGUGCUAGAGGAGGGAGCGCGGUUUGAGGGAGAGCUGGCAGAGAAGAGGAGCCCAGCUGCAAGGCUGGGGAAACAUGAUACCCUAAUUCAGGCUCAUGCCCGAGAACUGACCCACUUACGACAGAAGAUACGAGAAGGGAAAGGUGUCUGUUAUCUUUUCAUUCAGCAUACGAAGAGCAUAGUGAAGUCUUUUGAGGGCCUCCUCAGGAGUGCUGACAUUCCCUACUACCAGGGACAGAGAUUCUGUGAGCAGCUGGCCCAAGGAAGCCAGCUGGCAGAGAGCCUUGCCAGCAAACUCAUCACUGAAAAUCACAAUGAUAAGAAGGAUGAAGAUAGACAGGAGCCACUGGCACCCAGGCUCAGCAGGGGGCUCCAGGAGGAAGAAGUGAAUGAAGCCCUGGAAGCCUCACUAGAUGAACAGUAUUUGACUCAUUCCAGUCGCCAUGACUCUCACCAGCUUCCCCGCAGCAGUUCCUUCCUGCUUGACAUGCAGGAAGCCAGCUCUGCUGUGGAAGUCACCAAAGAUGAGAUCCAGAACCUGUACCAGCACCUGAGGGAAAUUCUUUUCAUCAAUGCCUGCCUUCAAGAAAAGCUGGAACAUCAUCUCAGCAUUUCUGACCAAGGAAACGUCAUUCAGUAG